AUGGCAACAAGGGUAAAAGAAGGCUUGGUAGGUAAGGAAAAAAGGGGAAUUUCUCCAUCUUCUAAGAAAAGUCCCAGCACUUCAAAAGAGCCUUCUCCUAAUAAAAGACAUGAUUCAACUACUUCAGAAAGAAGCGUUCCAAACUAUCUUAAGCCAACCAUAAGUUCAGCUCUUGAUGCUUCUAGGUCUCAUGUCAAGAAGCAUCCUCCCAGUGAGUCUGCACAGAAGGCAACCCUUGCUAGAAGAAGAUCCUUUGACAAGCCCCUCCCACCAUCUCAUGUACAAAAAACACGAAUUUCUCCUAAUCCUAGGGAAAGAAAUAUUAGAUCCUCCUCUUUUGGUGUUAAGACAACCACUACUUCACAAAAAUCCCCAUCAGAUAGAUUAUCAAAGGUACCAAAAUCUGAUGGUAGAGAGCACUCCCUGCAUCCAAGACCAAAGAAUGUGAAAACAAGCAACAUAACUAUAAAGAACCAAGAAACUCAGGGUAGUACUUUUUCAGUAAAGCCACCAACUGAAAGACCUCAUGGUACAGUUGAUACUCCAGUUGUGGUUGAUUUUCCACAAGUAGCUGAACAUCAAGAAGAAGAUCUGGGUUCAACAAUUAAUGAAAUUGAUGAAGACAUUCUAAAUGUGGGAAAAGAAAAUGUAAGUGUAACAGAUGAAUUUCUGGUCCUUGAAGAUAAGAUACAUUCCAAUGUGACAAAAUAUGAACCAGAAAGCUAUGAACUUCAGGAAUUCAAGAUGAUUGAGUCGUCCUCAAUUUUGAAAGACCAAGAUGCAAACAUUGGUGCUAGACUUGAAGAACCAGAAGAUGAAUUACAGGUUGGAGAAAUUACUAGCAAUCAAUCAAAAAUACUAGAACAUCCACAUGAUAAAGAGGAAAAAAAUAUCAACAAUCAAGACGAAAAUGUUGAAGAAGGCCCUAAAGUUGAGGCCCCAAAGAUGGAAGGAGAAAAUACCAAAGAGGAUACUAUUGCUGCUCAAACCUUUGAUGAAAAGGAAGAAAGUAGUGAUGGAAGCCUAGUUCUUGACUCACAGCAUGAAACAGAUUCUGCAAAGGAUGUUGCCAAAGAAGUGAAGAAAGGUCCUGAAAGGGAAACAACAAAACCAGAAGUGAUUCAAGGGAAAAAUGAUUCAGCGCCAUUAUCCAACAAUGUGAUAGAGGUGACUGCAAGCAAGCUUCGAGAACAAAGGAAGAACAAGGUGAAAGCCUUAGCUGGUGCUUUUGAAACUGUCAUAUCAUUACAAGACAACAAGUGA